CUCCCACACACCUCCGUUCCCCAUAGUCUCCGGUCCGAACCUCACCUUUCUCUUCGCGCAGACGCAUUACUUCUGUCGCUCUUUUACCGCGCCUCUCGAACCUGUUGUGAUCCUCAUGCGCUGAGAAGAAAGUCCGUCUGUCGAAAGCGACUCCAUCGUCGCAACCGCCAUUUGCUUAGGAGUGACCUUCAAUUACCGAGGCUUGCCGUAACAACCACACCCCGACGUCGCCAACAUGUCGCUCGCUGCUCUUGACGGCCUCAAGGCCGCCAUCGAGCGCAUCAUUCUCGAUCCAAAGUACCAUGACAUCCUCGCCGUUGUCAAAGGUGCCCGCAACGGGGCGGUCUAUGGCGCAAAAGUCCGCUUCCCUCAUGCGCUUGUCAUGAUCUUCCUCUUCCGUUCGGGAACAUUCCGCGAAAAGGCCGGCCUUGUCUUCCGCGCGACCCGAACGCACGCCCGCAACCUUGCAAAGUUCGCGACUAUUUACAAGUUCACAAUGUACCUACUCAAGAACUACGGCCCGACCCCGGGCAAGGAGGGGCCCUACGAUGCCUUCUUCGCAGGCCUCUUGGGCGGCUACGUCGUUUUUGGAGGCCGAUCCCCGCGCAGCGGAAAGAUUUCCAGCGUUAACCAGCAAAUCGUAGUCUACGUCUUUGCGCGCGUCGUCCUGGCCCUCGCCCGCCUCGCCGUCACCCCCGGCAAGGGCCUGCCUCUCGUCAGCCGCGAGGACCUCUCGACCAAGAUUAGCUACUACGCCUGGCCUGUCUUCGCCAGCACGAGCUGGGCUAUGGUCAUGUACCUCUUCCGCCAGCACCCGUCCGACCUGCAGCCUAGCUUGCGCAGCAGCAUGACUUACAUCUACCAGCAGAGCAGCGAGUGGGACUCGCUGCGCAACUUCAUCUGGCACAACAAGUAGACGACGUGCUGCGGGCAUUGUGGCCUUAUCUUUUUCUAUUUUAAAUUUGCAGUGUGUAUCAUCAAAUGACUGGCGUUUGGUUAUGUGGUACGUCGGUUGGCUCUUCAAUUUGCGACAAGCUGAAGAGAAGACGGAAAGCUUUUGAGGAGUGGAUGCUGGUCCCAUUCAUGCUGGUCCCAUUCAUGCUGGUCCCAUUCAACAGCUUCAUAAUGUGGCAUUAUAGACCGUUCUAUCCACCAUAUACAACGAUGAAUUUAGGUGCAAUCAUUAUAAAACUGACAGCAUU